AAUUAUAAGCCCCUCUUUGCCUAUUUGGGUCCAGAACCGGAAUCCGGAAAAGGCAAAACUCUCCUCUGCAAUCUCCACCUCAAAAGUCUCUCGCCUGGCAGCCCAAGCUCAAUCCCAAACCCUAACCCUCGUCACAACUCGCCGUCGGCAUGUCCGCCAGGUUGCUCCGGCGAGUCCUCCAGGAGCGGGAGGCCGCCCCUCAGGACCCUGAAGUCGCCGAAGACGAGCAGUCAGAGGAGGAGGAGGCCUCUCCUCCGCGCGCCGCUGCGCGGAAUCUCUUUGAUCUGCUCGACGGCGGCGACGGAGAAGAAGAAGACAAGGAAGAUGAAAAAGAAAGAAGUCAGCCUUUGAGUUACCCACAACAGAAACACUCUCUGCAAAAGAAGCCUGCAAAUAUUGUUCCCGAAACGAGCAAAAAAUCAAAGAAAAAGAAGAAAAAGACCAAGGGAGAGCCCUCAUCAACGAAGUCAAAGGAUGAACAGUCACUGGAUUCAAUCCUGGAAGAUCUAUCUAUUGAAAAGAAGACAACGCAACAGAGAGGUCAUCAAAGUGACAGAGCAGCAGGAAAGGAAAUUGUGACAAAUGAAGCUACUCAUGGGGCAACCUCAGUUCUUGAAAUUGAUCCCAAACAUCUAAAGGGUGAAAAUGAGAUGAGACGCAUUUUUGGAUCGAAGGUAGUGGAUUCAUUUGAAAAUCAACGGAAUAUGCCAAGCAGUUCAAGACAAGUACGUGGUGUCAGGCGUGUUGUCCAUAAUCCAAGAAAAACUCUUCUUGUAUCUCCACCUAGCUACUGGCCACCAUGGGAUAAAUCGUUAACAAUGCAUCUUCUUGAGACGAAGAAUGGUUUGAAUUACUUCAGGUAUGCAUUUGAUCCUUCUGUCAGACACGUGCAGGAAUUAUUUGAAGCUGCCAAAGCUGCAAAUGAUCUCAAUGCUAUUGCUGCUAUAUUAGGAAAAUAUCCAUAUCAUCCAGAAUCACUGUUGACAUUUGCUGAACUUUUCAAAUAUUCUGGAGAGCAUCAAUCAUCAGCAGAUGCAGUGGAGAAGUGUCUAUUUGCAUUGGAGUGUGCUUGGCAUCCUUUAUUUAGCCCACUGCAGGGCAACUACCAGUUGAAAUACAGCCAUGACACAAAUAAGCCAUUUUUUACAGCACUCUUUAGUCACAUGAAAAAUCUGGAUAGGCGUGGCUGCCACCGAUCAGCUCUAGAGGUCUGCAAGUUUCUGUUGUCACUGGACUCUGAUGAUCCAAAGGGUGCUCUAUUUUGUAUUGAUUACUUUGCUCUAAGAUCACAGCAGUACAAAUGGCUGGAGCAAUUUGCUGAAGAGUACCAGUGUGAUAACUCCCUUUGGUUAUUCCCAAAUUUCUCGUUUUCUCUUGCUAUUGCACGGUUUUACCUUGAGCGUGAUGCAACAUCUGAAGGUUCUGAUCAUGUUGACAAGUCAACAUCUGUUGAUCUCAUGAAACAAGCUCUGAUGCUUCACCCCUUGGUGCUUCGCAAGAUAGUUGACAAGGCUCCUCUGAAAGACUCAUCAUGGACCCAAAUACUCAGAAAUGUGUUCUUUGGAUCAGCAAAACCGGGAAGCCCGUCACUUGACCAUAUGAUCAACAUAUAUGUGGAACGCCAUUAUAUCAUGUGGAGAUUCCCAGAACUUCAGAACUUAAUGAAAGAGGCUGCACUUUUGGUGAUUGAAUCACUCAAGCAGGAUAACAGAGAAGCCCAGGACUGGGCAUGUGUUAGAAAAGAGGCAUUCUCUGCAGAGAAGAAUGAGUACUCUCAUUUGCUUGUUUCAGACUUUUCUGACACAACACCGUCGCUCCCACCGGAAGAACUUCGGCCGUUCAUGGUCGGUCCAGGAAUGGUGCACGAGAUGCCUCCCGUAGAACAAGAAGCUGCUGGCCCUGAGAGACUCCGUGCCCCUCGUGAAGUCGCUGGGCGUAAUCCUGCGCUGGUCUUCCUUGAAUCACUGCUCCCAUGGGUAGACUAUGGUGACAAUCAUCACGAUGCGAUUGAGGACAACAAUGGCGAUUGAUCAGCUGGACGUACAAAGCAGCAUGGACUCAACAAUCACAAGAAGGAAAGUUGCUGUUGAUCAUUGUAUCACCUGCACACCCUCGAAUAACCACCGGAAGCCAAGUGUUCUUGCAAUUUUUUAUGGGAUUGCCAAGGUUACACAUGUAUAGCUGAUCCGCUAAAUGACAAAUCUUUACUUGUCAAAUUUUGGGGAUCAAGUACCAUCCUUGUCUGAGUUUAUGCCAAUUCUGGAACCGAUCUGUCAUUUAUCCCAUCUUUUACUGAAGUUCAAGUUAGCCGACUUUGUAAAAGUGUUUGAUAAUAUAUGAUACUGGUAGAAAUUUACCAAAA